GAGCAGGAAGGAGAGGCCCCCAGCAGCCCGUGGGCCGGCGCGCGAAGCGAGCGGAGCCGGUGGCGGGCUCCAAGGACGCAGAGGCCUCGGGCAGGGCCGGCCCGGGGUUCCAGGUCUCCGAGGGGCCUGCAGACAAAGCAAGAUGAGGCGGUUUCUGCGGUCGGGUCCUGACCCAGAGCGGGAGAGACUGAAGCGGGACCUCUUCCAGUUCAACAAGACUGUGGAGCAUGGCUUCCCACACCAGCCCAGCGCCCUCGGCUACAGCCCCUCUCUGCACGUACUGGCCAUUGGUACCCGCUCCGGAGCCAUCAAGCUCUAUGGUGCCCCCGGGGUGGAGUUCAUGGGCCUACACCGCGAGAACAAUGCUGUUGUGCAGAUCCACUUCCUGCCUGCUCAGUGUCAGCUGGUCACCCUGUUGGACGACAACAGUCUGCAUCUCUGGAGCCUGCAGGUCAAGGGUGGGGUGUCCGAGCUGCAGGAGGAGGAGAGCUUCACGCUGCGUGGCCCCCCAGGGGCUGCCCCCAGUGUCACACAGAUCACGGUGGUCCUGCCACAUUCUUCCCAAGAGCUGCUCUACCUGGGCACUGAGAGUGGCAACGUGUUUGUGAUACAGCUGCCGCCCUUCCAUGUGCUGGAGGACAGAACCAUCAGCUCGGACGCUGUCCUGCAGAGGUUGCCAGAGGAGGCCCGUCACCGGCGGGUGUUUGAGAUGGUGGAGGCCCUGCAAGAGCACCCCCGGGACUCUAACCAGCUCCUGAUCGGCUACAGCCGGGGUCUGGUUGUCAUCUGGGACCUGCAGGGCAGCUGUGUGCUGUGCCAUUUCCUUAGUAGUCAGCAAUUAGAGAACAUCUUCUGGCAGCGUGACGGCCAUCUGAUUAUCACCUGCCAUUCUGAUGGCAGCUAUUGCCAGUGGUCCAUGUCCGGCGCCACCCAGCGACUGGAGCCUCUAACCAGCCAUGUGCCUUAUGGUCCCUUUCCUUGCAAAGCUAUCACCAAAGUCUUCUGGCUGACCACCAAGAAGGGGUUGCCCUUCAUCAUCUUCCAGGGUGGCAUGCCGCGGGCCAGCUAUGGGGACCGCCACUGCAUCUCAGUGGUCCACAACAACCAGCAGAUAGCCUUUGACUUUACCUCCCGCGUCAUUGACUUCACUGUCCUCACCGAGGCGGACCCCACGGCUGCCUUUGAUGACCCCUACGCCCUGGUGGUGCUGGCCGAGGAGGAGCUUGUGGUAAUUGACCUGAAGACAGCCGGGUGGCCAGCGCUGCAGCCGCCUUACCUGGCCUCCCUGCACUGCUCCGCUAUUACCUGUUCCCACCACAUCUCCAACAUCCCCCUGAAGCUAUGGGAGCGUGUCCUCGCUGCCGGUAGCCGGCAGAGCUCACACUUUUCCACCAUGAAAUGGCCCAUUGACGGGGGCACCAGUCUCGCUCCAGCCCCACCCCAGAGGGACCUGCUACUCACAGGGCACGAGGAUGGCACGGUGCGGUUCUGGGAUGCCUCAGGCGUCUGCUUGCGGCUGCUCUACAAACUCAGCACUGUACAGGUGUUCCUCACCGACACGGAUCCCAGCGAGAACCCCCAUGCCCAGGCUGAGGAUGAGUGGCCCCCGUUGCGCAAGGUGGGCUCUUUUGACCCCUACAGCGACGACCCCCGGCUGGGCAUCCAGAAGAUUUUCCUCUGCAAAUACAGUGGCUACCUGGCCGUGGCGGGCACAGCGGGCCAGGUGUUGGUCCUGGAGCUGAAUGACGAGGCGUCAGAGCACAUGGUGGAACAGGUAGAAGCAGACCUCCUGCAGGACCAGGAAGGUUACCGCUGGAAGGGGCAUGAGCGCUUGUGUGCCCGCCCAGGGCCCGUGGGCUUCGAGCCCGGCUUCCAGCCUUUCGUGCUGGUGCAAUGCCAGCCCCCAGCCGUGGUAACCUCCCUGGCCCUGCACUCCGAGUGGCGGCUCGUAGCCUUCGGUACCAGCCAUGGCUUUGGCCUCUUCGACCACCAGCAGAGGCGGCAGGUCUUUGUCAAGUGCACGCUACAUCCCAGUGACCAGCUGGCCUUGGAGGGUCCACUUUCCCGUGUCAAGUCCCUUAAGAAGUCCCUACGCCAGUCCUUCCGCCGGAUGCGCCGGAGUAGGGUGUCCAGCCGGAAGCGGCGACCAGCUCCAGGAGAGGCCGGAGGCCAGCACCAAGGUGGAACGUGCCGGCCUGCAGAACAUGGAGCUGGCACCUGUGCAACGCAAGAUCGAGGCCCGCUCGGCCGAGGACUCCUUCACCGGCUUCGUCCGCACUCUCUACUUUGCUGACACCUACCUGAGGGACAGCUCCCGCCACUGCCCCUCACUGUGGGCCGGUACCAACGGUGGGACCGUCUAUGCCUUCUCCUUGCGCGUGCCCCCUGCAGAGCGGAGGAUGGACGAGCCCGUGCGGGCAGAGCAGGCCAAGGAGAUCCAGCUGAUGCACCGAGCACCAGUGGUGGGCAUCCUGGUGCUGGAUGGACACAGCGUGCCCCUCCCAGAGCCCCUGGAGGUGGCCCAUGACCUAUCCAAGAGCCCAGACAUGCAGGGAAGCCACCAGCUGCUGGUCAUAUCUGAGGAGCAGUUCAAGGUGUUUACACUACCCAAGGUCAGUGCCAAGCUGAAGCUGAAGCUGACCGCCUUGGAGGGCUCUCGGGUGCGGCGGGUCAGUGUGGCCCACUUCGGCAGCUGUCGAACUGAGGACUAUGGGGAACAUCACUUGACUAUCCUGACCAACCUGGGGGACGUCCAGGUGGUCUCACUUCCCCUGCUCAAGCCUCAGGUGCGCUUCAGCUGUAUCCGCCGGGAGGACGUCAGCGGCAUCGCCUCUUGUGUCUUCACUAAAUACGGCCAAGGUUUCUACCUGAUCUCCCCCUCGGAGUUUGAGCGCUUCUCUCUCUCCACCAAGUGGCUGAUUGAGCCUCGGUGUCUAGUGGAAUCGUCAGAAACCAAAAACCAGAGCCGCCCCCGCAAUGGGGCAGGCCCUGAGAAGAUCGUGCACAGAGCCAGGAACUCGGGGAACCAGAGUGACGCAGAGGAGAGGACGCCAGGCCCUGUGAUGGAGCAUGCGCUGCUCAAUGACGAGAGAGUGCUGAAGGAGAUCCAGAGCACACUGGAGGGAGAUCGAG